CUUCAGUCAAUACUAUAGAACAAGUCCCAAGUCGGCAGACACUGAGCCAUGGCGGCAGUCGGGGGUAUGCUCGCCUCUGCCGUCAUCAAGGUGGUGAUUGGACAGAUCGGUUCCGCCAUCGGAGGCGAAAUCAAGCUGCACUGGAACAUGAAGAAGGAUCUCGAGAAUAUGAAGAUGACACUGGAGUCGGUAGAGGCCGUGCUCAGCGACGCCGAGGUGCUGUCUGUCAUGGAUAACUCGGCGCUUCUGUGGCUGAAGCGGCUCAAGGACGCCAUGUACGACAUCUCCGACAUGCUUGAUGACUUCGAAGCUGACACCGACCUGUGGGCAGCUACGAUGAAUAAGAUUAAGAUGCCACGUAAGAUGAAGAAGAUGCAAAAGCGCCUACAAAAGAUAGCAGAUGACCGUAACAAUUAUCGUGUUCUACCAGAAACACGCAGCGAGGUGAAGCAAGUUCCUCAUACCCGGGAGACAGCAGGGAAUGUGGAGGAAGCAGAAAUCAUUGGAAGGACCCAUGAAAAACUGCAAAUCUUGGCCUGUAUAUCAGCGACCACCACUAAAGAAACCACCAUCUUUCCCAUAUGUGGCAUUGGAGGCAUUGGAAAAACCACCUUGGCAAGAUUAGUUUUCAAUGAUUCUGAGUUCGAAAAAUACUUUAAGGUGUGGGUCUAUGUGUCCCAGAAAUUUGAACUGAAAAAGAUUGGCAACACCAUAAUAUCACAACUAUCACCGGGGAGCCUGGUAUCUGAUGAUUUUCAUAGUAUUCAGACUCGUCUUCGAGAUCUGUUUAGCGGUGAGAAGAUCCUGAUCAUUUUGGAUGAUCUGUGGGAGAGGGAUCCUUCUCACCUACAAGAAUUAAAGGCUAUGCUGAAGCAGGGUCAGCGGAGCAAGGUGCUGGUUGUGGUUACCACACGCGAGAAAACCAUUGCACAAGAAAUUGGUACUGUUGAUCCAUUCGAAUUACCUCCCUUGUCAGAAGAGAUGUGCUGGGAUAUAAUAAAAGUGAAAAGUAUGUUCAAAACAAGGCAGGACAAAGAGCGCUUGGAACCUAUUGGGAAGGAAAUUGCAAAGAAAUGCGGAGGUGUGGCUUUAGCUGCUCAAUCACUUGGACACAUCCUGAAAUCCAAGACAUAUGAUGUAUGGGAUUCCAUCAGAUCCAACCAUAUUUGGAAUCUUUCUGUGUCCAAAGAAACAUCGUCUACACAUGAAGUGCUUGCAUCCUUGUUGUUAAGCUACAACUUCAUGCCUCCACACUUGAAGUUAUGCUUUGCUUAUUGUGCAAUCUUUCCAAAAGGAGACAACAUGAUUAGUGAAGAUCUCAUUCAUCAAUGGAUUGCCCUUGGAUUCAUGGAACCAUCUAGUACAUUCUCUACCUGGCAGCUCGGUGAGAGUUAUAUUACUAAGCUUCUGGAGAUGUCAUUUCUUCAACAUUCAAAGAUUAACGACAGGCAUUUCAUUCAUAGAAGUGAUGCUAAGAGGUUCAUUAUGCAUGACCUGGUGCAUGACCUCGCAAGAUCAGUCAUGGUUGAUGAAUACAACUUAGAAGGACCCAACUGCCGCUAUGCAUGGCUGACAGAUUGUUUGAAGCCCUUAAAGUCAUCCACAAAUUCACCUGCAAAAAUAAAAGCGCUGCAUAUAGACAGCGUUUUGAACAGUGAUGCAUUUUCACCAGGGAAGCACGUCCGUGUCUUAGAUCUUAGAAGAACCUGUUGGCAUGAUUUGAUGGUUUCUAUUGGUGAAUUCAAGCAGUUGAGGUAUCUUAGCUUUAGAUGUGGCAACGCUCCAAUUAAUUCCAGGGGUAUCGGUAUGCUCUUAAAGUUGAAUUAUCUUAGAAUUUCUUCCAGCAGUCUGAGAGUACUGCCAGAGUCGAUUGGUGAACUGAAAGGUCUGAUGCAUCUUGACUUAUCAGGUUGUGGCCGCUUAAAAGAGCUCCCAUUGUCAUUUGUGAAGAUCAUAGAGUUGGUAUAUCUGGAUUUAGGUGGCUGCGGUGGUCUUUCAGGAAUACCCAAAGCUUUGGGUGGCCUAACCAAACUCCAGCAUUUGGAUUUAUCUGCAUGUCAAAAUCUCAGAGGGCUGCCAGAUGCCAUCGACAAUCUCACUGCACUCCGGUACUUAAAUCUAGCAUGGUGCUUGCAAUAUAUCUUUAACGACUCAAGGGAUCAAAGUGAGAGUUUCAUUGACCGUAUAUGCACCCUUCCCAAUAUGGAGCACCUGGAUUUGUCUAGGAAUGAUUAUCCUCUUAUAAUACCAGAUAGUGCAAGCCACCUGAGCAAGCUGGUGCUCGAUGAAUGCCGCCAAAUUAUUAGGCUUCCAGAGUGUGUCGAUAAAAUUCAUUUUGGCGACUCAGCUGUCACGUUGCUGCAAUCUUUUGUGUACGCAGGUGACACUAGCAGUGACAUUAAUUUGCUUAAGCAUGCAAGUCAUUUUGGGCUGAAAAUCUGGCUGCUUGAAGAUGUGAAGUACCCCGAAGAGGCACGCAGUAUAAAUCUAAGUGAGAAACAUACCAUCCUAGAAUCGAGGUUUGAGUGUUCCAAGGGUGCAGAUAGAUCUGUGGAUGACAUGGAGUUGCUGACGGAGUUAGUCCCACCAACAACUUUGGUGACAUUUGAAAUGAAGGGUUACUGCAGUGUUGGCUUUCCAGACUGGGUAAUGAGUAUUAGCAACCAUAUCCCUAAUCUUGCCAAGUUGAUGAUGGGGGAUUUGCCAAACUGCAAGAGCCUGCCGCCCCUUGGCCAACUACCAAACCUCAGAUUGAUUAUUCUCGACAAUAUGGAAAGGCUGGAAGAAUGGGACACAUCAUACUUGAGUGGUGAGGACAGUGUGAAUGAGCUUGAAGAAGUGAAGAUAGAAAAUUGCCCCAAGUUGAGGAUAAGACCACACCUUCCAAGGGCCGCAUCUUGGUAUAUAAUGAAUAGCGAUAAUGUGCUCCUACCACAGCGGGAGAGCAUGCCAGAUAUUGAUUGUCUGACAGUGACAGCUGGAGACAGCGACAUGCCUCUUCAUCAGUGGGGUUUUCUUCACCACCUACUCUCCCUCAGGGAGUUAAGACUUGUUGAAUGCAGUAACAUCAAUUUGACGAUCUCUCCAGAUAUAUGCGGGGCCCUCCAUUCCCUUCAGGUACUGUCAAUAUGGGACCCCGUGAAGCUAGAGGAAUUGCCCAAUAACAUGAGGCAACUCACAAAGCUACAAUCAUUAACUUUGGAAGAAUGUCCUAGCUUGAGACAGCUGCCAGAAUGGAUAGGAGAACUCGUGUCGCUCAGGAAACUUAGAAUGGAGGCCUGCAGUGCCAUCAUCACUCUGCCAGACAGCAUGCAACAGCUCACAAACCUCCAGGAAUUGAAAAUAAGCACCUGCGACCCUGAGUUAGCGAAGUGGUAUAACGUAGAGGAGAACCGGAGGAAGCUUGCUCACAUAGAACAAAAGGUACAUGCCCUGCCAUAA